AUGGAGCAAGACGCCGGAGAAAUGAUAGCAGAAGCUCAGGACGGCUGUCAUAGAAACAUGAAUGUUUCUCCGCCAGCCUAUCGAAGUAUUACUUGUCAAACUGAGGAAUUCAUUCCUGACAUUUCAAGUGAUAAUUGUACUUAUUUUUUUUGUAAUAUGAAUGAUCAUGGUGGUAUUAAUACUGCAGCAGUCCAAGUCAAUAUAUAUGUAAAAAAAACUGUUGAUAAAAUGUGUGAAGCUUCGAUGCCGUCUAUGAAAAAAAAUGUUCAAGACUCCAGUUGCGAUCCAAUCAAUUUCGAGUCUGUACAAUCUCACUGCAAAGGAUUCCACGGAUUUUCAUCUAUUACAAGUAAUGAAACUAUGAGUAGCUUAACAGGUGUUACAUUAUCUAUCUUUCUAUGGCUUUUGAAUAAACUCCCAGAAAGUAAACGUUCUGACAUAGACAAAAAAACAAAAUUAUUAAUUACAUUAAUGAAGCUAAAAACCGGUUUAACAUCUACUGCGAUUUCAGUCUUAUUUAAUAUUCAUCGGACUACUGUUAGUAAAAUAUUCGUAAAAAAUUUGCAACAGUUAAAUAUUUUAUUGAAAAAUUUUAUAUUCUGGCCAUCUAAAGCCGCUGUUCAAGCAACUUCACCAGAAUCAUUUAAGUUACAUUAUCCAGACACUCGUGUUAUUAUUGACUGCACCGCAGUAAACACAGAAGUUCCACCAGCAGUUAAACAUCGAGUUUUAAUGUAUUCAGAUUAUAAGCAUCAUCACACAAUGAAAUUUUUAGUAGGAUGUACUCCAAGUGGAUUUAUAAGUUUUCUGUCAAAGUGUUAUGGUGGUCGUGCUGGUGAUUGUUUCAUAACAAAUGAUUGUGGUUUAAUAGAUUUAAUUGAACCUGGUGAUGUUGUGCUAGCAGAUAAAGGUUUCCCGCAAAUACAAACCAAAGUGCAAGAAAAAAAUGCGAUUUUAGUUAUGCCUCCGUUUUGCAACAAAAAUCAAUUUACACCUGAGGAAGUUGAUGAGACUUACAAUAUUGCUUCAGUGAGAAUACACAUUGAACGAGUGAAUCAAAGAAUAAAAGACUUUAAUAUUCUGUCCAAAGUACCAGUGUCACUUUUGCCUCAUGUUGAUGAAAUUGUUUUUGUCAUUUGUGCUAUCAUAAAUAUUCAAAAGCCCCUGUUUAAACAAGAGAAAUCAGCGACAGAAUGAUAAA